UUUCUCUGUAUUUGCUAUUGAAGUGCUGCCAAAUUUUCUACAGUGUUUCUGUGAGUGAUUUGUGUGACACAUUUUUGACUUCAAAACUCGUUCUGCACUAUCGAAAUGAGGUAACUUAUGAACUUUUGUAAUUCUAGUUUUGGUAGUGAAGUUUAUUCGCCUCUCACCCUUGUUGAUUUAGAUUUAAGCCCUUUUAAAGAGAUUAGGGUUAAGAGUGAGAGUGAUAUUGAGCGUGAGUUAGAGUUUUUUGAAGAUCCUGACUACAUCCCUCCCCUUACUCCAUGCAGCGAAAGUUACGAGACUGAGGAGAUGUCUUCGGAGGAUACAUUAAGCAUUGGGGGGAGUAAGGAAGUAAGGAUGUUGGAGUAUAGUGAUGUGAGCAUUGAGGGUGAAUCGUCUGGAUUUGAGCAGACAGAGGGAGGGGUAGGGAGAAAUGAGGUAGUUGAGGUGGGGGCAAAAGAGGUGCCUGUCAAUAUUUUGGAAGUGGAAGAUAAGAGGGAUAAGUGUUAUGAUAGUGGGGUAGACAUUGUCUCUGAGGUAAAGGGGCCUGCUGGGGUUAAAGAAAGGGCAUGCUCUGCACCCAAGGAUCACUGGAUGCUAGUGUAUGCCCAUUACUUGGCAGCAGGGCUCAGAUUUCCUUUACUUGAUUUGGAUGAGGAGGAAGAAAUAAAGAAGCUAGUGAGAAAAGAGGGUGUCAUAGUAGAUAUCAUGUUUCUCACCAAUUCAGAUGCUAUAGAAGCAGUUGAACUUUAUAGGCUGAGCGCACUAAGCGAAGUGGAAAUGAACAUGUUUCUCAAUGCUGUUGGUGGAGUGGCUAUCCCCAAAAAGCCAAGGAAGAAGUCCCAAAGUUUGGGAAAGGCUGUGGUUGGGAAAGGAGAAGAAAAUCUGGAGAAGGGCAAGAACUUCUCUGCAACGAAGAACUUCAUCAACACGUACAUUCCCGAGGUGGAUCACCGCGAAGCGAGGGAAGAAGUCUUGCUGCAUGGAGGGAAUGCAGUUGUGAAGCAUGCUUUGGAGGAUCGCAACAGCUUGCAGAAGGAGAGGAAUGAGCUGUUGAAGAAAAACAAUGAAAUGAGGAGGGAACUGGAAGUCGUGGUGCCAGCAGUGACAAGUGGAUAUCACCAAGAUUACUUUGGUGAACAAGAGGAAGGGGUGGAGGAAGACGGCGAAAGCCUGUCAGCAGAUUUCCGACCUCAGGUUAAGCUAAGGUGGGUUCAUGAUGCCGAAGGACGAGCCGUUUUUCCUCCUAACUUUGACUUUGAGUUCAUGGCAAUGGAGGAAGAGGAAGGAGAAGCUGGAGGGACUACAGUUGAGAAGAGUUAGCCAUCUCCUCCUAUAGAGGUGCAUCCAGUUCCCUGUGAAGAAGAGCAGCCACCUCUCUCAACAGAGCAGGAGCCACAGCAGCCAUCUCCACCAACGGAAUAGUUUAGGGAUUUUUUGAUGUGUAUUGUUAGAUUUAUGUUAGUGAACAAUUUUGUAAUGAAUUUUUAUUAAUUUA